UGGACGCAGGGAAGCUGCAGAAGUAUGGGUAUCUUGGGAGUAUCCUGUUGUAAGAUGUUGGGUGCGUUUGGCUUAGGGCUGGGGUAUGCUUUUUGCGGCGUUGGUUCGUGGUGUCUGUCUGUCUGGUUCUUGUGCGUCCUCUAAAGAUGAUGUUUUAUUUUUGUUGCUUUUUGUUCCUGUAUUUUUUGCUAUUAUGCUUGUUUCUUUUUUGCUUUCUCUCACUUUUUAUUGCCUCUAUGCUUGUCUGUUUAGCUUGGGAAGCGUUGAUCGGACACAGGGACUUUUCGGAUGUUUUAUGGGGGUUAUUUUCUUGUGCUCAUGGUGCGGGGUUUUUUCUAUUAUUGUUCUUGUGCUUUUCUUGGGGGGAAAUGGGGAAACGACAGACAGUUGGUCGUAUCUGUAUAAACGUCUUUUUUUUUUCUGCCCAGGUUUUUUUUGUUGGUAGUCUUUAUUUUGAGGCCUUUUUUUUUCUUUCUCUUUUCUUUUCUUCAUCUCAACAUGUGUACUGUAGCUUUACCGCCUUCAUCAUCUUUCUUCUUCUUCUAUUCAGCAUACUUUUUUUUGUCUUUCGGCUUUCCCAAGCUCUCUUCUUCUUUCGCCUUUCUUCUUUCUUCUAUAACAUACUAUCAUACCAUACCUACUACCUAUUCUACGGGGAACAUCCUGCCUCCCACCAACCUCCUUUUACAGUUGUUUCGCCUCAUCCUGCUGCUGCUGGAUGAUCAGUGAUGACCCCUAGGAUUGCUAUUUUUUCUUCGUGAUGUG